UGGCUAACUUGAUGCUAGUGACUGACGCUGCACAGGGAUUCACUCUGGAGCCAAAGAUAAAUGAUUCUGCUCUAAAAUAAAUUCACUUAUUGAACAUAGGAGUGACAGAACAGUUGAACCAGUUUAAUGACACAGUUUAAAGUAAACUCCGUGAUCCUACAUACGGACAGGUGCACACAGACGACGGCUAACUAGCUCUGUAUCUAGCUCGUUGGCUAGCAGCGGAGCUAACGGAGCAGAAUGGAUCUUUUCGACGACCUGCCAGAACCGACUCAGACCUCCGGUCCGGUUCCAGCAGCUCGGCAGCGGUCCCCUAAAGAGGAAGAGGGUGAAGAGAAAAGAUUAAAACGAAAACGAGAAGAUGCAGAGUGUCCCGCUGAUGAAAGAGUGGAGCGAAGGGAGGAGGUCAAGAAAGUUUGUAAAGAAGGCCUCCCCAUGCUGAAAGGCUACGCGGCGGCACGGCGCGGCGAGCGUGAGGAGAUGCAGGAUGCUCACGUUCUGCUGCCGGACAUGAGCGGCCUUCUGUCUGCUCUGCCAGAACAAGUAUCUCGUGUUUCCUACUUUGCCGUGUUUGACGGUCACGGUGGAGCUCGAGCUUCUCGAUUCGCUGCAGAGCAUCUUCACCACAAUCUGGCCAAGAAGUUUCCCAGCGGAGAAACAGAGAACGUGGACAAGCUGAUUAAGAAAUGUCUCCUGGACACUUUCCGGCAGACAGAUGACGAUUUCCUGAGAAAAGCUUCCAGCCAGAAACCAGCGUGGAAGGACGGUUCCACGGCCACCUGUGUGCUGGUGGUGGACGACAUGGUGUACGUGGCUAAUCUGGGAGACAGCAGGGCGAUGUUGUGUCGGAUGGAGGCGACAGCAGCAGCAGCAGACGGGCGGAGGAGGCCGGUGACUCUGGCUCUCAGUAAAGAACACAACCCGACCAUCUACGAGGAGAGGAUGAGGAUCCAGAGAGCAGGAGGCACCGUCAGGGACGGCCGGGUCCUGGGUGUCCUCGAGGUGUCUCGUUCUAUUGGAGACGGUCAGUACAAACGCUGUGGAGUGAUUUCAUCCCCCGACCUGAGGAGGUGUCAGCUCACAGCCAACGACAGGUUUAUCAUUCUGGCCUGUGACGGUUUGUUUAAAGUGUUUUCUGCUGAUGAAGCCGUUAAGUUCGUCCUCGGCGUCCUGCAGGAGGGCUGUGUGGAGCUGAAGCCGGGCCUGACCGAGGAGGAGGUGAGGUUUGAAGCUGCUUGCCAACAGUUGGCUGGUGAGGCGGUGAGACGAGGCUGUGCCGACAACGUCACUGUGAUCCUGCUUUCUAUUGGCUUCUGAACACACACACACACACACACACACACACACACACACACACACACACAGCAUA